AUGCCUUGGACCUGGAUUCUGUAUCAGAGCACGGAGGAGCAGGAGGGAGCAUUGUUGCGGGAGAACAAGGAUCUUGGCACCCUUGUUCUGCUUCAUGCUCCAAGGUGCAGAGCAGUCUUGGUGGCGUUCAUCCCGCCAUGCGUCGGGGCGAUGGACGGCGACAAGGAUGACUUCCUCCCGGCUGCUGGGGAUCCUCAGUGGAUCACCACGAGCGAGUGGGACGGGAGGAGGCUGUCGAGGGGCCAGCGCCAUGAUUCUGUCAAAAACUCAAAAUGGAGGAUUCCUGAUUCCAAACGCCAUGAACAAUGUGUUGGAAUGAUCUCAGGCUCGGUCAACGGACCAAGUCUUAAGGGGCUUAACAGCCACACAAUGGCCCUGAUCGAGGGCACCUCUAAUGGAAGAAAACGGCCUGGUCCCAAGACCGACCCGCACUAUAAGAUGAAAGAGAUCACAUUAAGAUGUGACUGA